UUUUUUUUUUUUUUUUUUUUUUUUUUUUUUGGAUUUUUGAGACAGGGUUUCUGUGUGGCCCUGGCUGUCCUGGAACUCACUCUGUAGACCAGGCUGGCCUCAAACUCAUAAAUCCACUGCUUCUGCCUCCCAAGUGCGAGGAUUAAAGGUCUGCACUCCCACUGCCCAGCUUGCUUAUUAUAUUUUUUAAUAUUUAAUUUUUAUAUCCUUUUGAUCACUCCCCCACUUUUAUUUUGUGUAAUUUGUCUUAGCUGGUUUGCAACACAGCUGGUUUAAUUUUUUUCUUAACCUUCUGUCAGAAAGUGUUUCCAUCUUUUUCCUAAAACUAUCUCCACCAAUCAUUCCAUCAUGUUAUUUGAUUAUGCGUUUACAGGAAAUGGACUCGUGUUAAGUUGAGCAUGGUUUUGCUGUAUUAUCCUCGCUGCCCUCCCAUGGUUGAAGGUCUAAGCUGUCUCAAGGCUUUCCUUUCCCCCGUAUUCUAAUUGGCUGGUUUGUGUUGCUGUUGCUGUUUUGUUUUUGUGAUUGGAGACCCUGGCUGUCUUUGUGUCCUCCCGUGAUUAGAGGUCUCGGCUGUUUCUCACUUCUCACCACCAGUCUUAACUGACUGUAGGUGAAGGUCUCAGCCAUCUCUAGGCUCUCACUGCCCAUCCCACGGUGGAUGGAGUUUCUGCCCAUAAGCUCCCACAGUGCAGUGCACUUAGCACUGUCAUGUGUGGAUGCUGGUGACUAAAGACAGAGGGGACAACUGAGGAAGGCUCCUUGUCUCUCACCAUCUGUUUCCUGCCAUAGUAGCUUGAUAUCUGUUUAUUGAAUGGACAGUUGAGGUCCUUGUGGUUCUGUACAACAACCCCUCCUUGAUCUUUGAACUCUCGGUGGUUUCUCAUCAGAUUGCAAAAAAACCAAGCAGAGUAAAAACACCUGUGUUUCAAAGGACACUGCCACAAGUCAAACAGCCAUAUUUGAAAAACAUUUGAAAUAACAUACCGAUAAAGGUCUAAUAUGGGCUCUACAGUGAACUGUUAGAACUGAAGGGCAGCCCAUGCUUAAAUGAACACUCCUUGGUUUUUUGUUUUUGUUUUUGUUUUUAAGACAGGAUUUCUCUGGGUAGUCCCAGCUGUCCUGGAAUUUAUAGACCAAGCUGGCCUCAAACUCACAAAGAUCUACCUGCUUCUGUGAGUGCUAGGAUUAAAGGUGUAUUUUACAUGCCCAGCUGUAAUGAUCUAUAUAUUUGAAAAAUCUUGAGAGGGGGGAGAGAGAGAGAGAGAGAGAGGAAGAAGAAAAAAAGACAGGUUUCUAGUGAGCAGGUCCUAGCCCGCUCUAAAUCAGCAGUAUCCGAGGCCACAGUGAGCUGCCUCCUAUGCCCGUUACAAUGGCUGUGAUCACAGAGUAGGAAGUGCACACUACUGAGGGCCAUGUGCCACAGUAGCCAGAUGCUGCCCGGAAGGCAGGCAAACUGAGCAGUCUCCUGGGCUUUGCCUUUUCUUGUGCCUCCUGGGCCAGGUCAGCAAGGCAGUACCAGUGUGGCUCACCCGUGCUUGCCUAUUCAUUUCUCACUGCCUGAGUUUGCUUUCUGAGUUUGAGUUUCUGCUGUGACUCUUCAAGUAGAUUGAACAUCUAAAUUCUUUAUCACACUUGGGUGUGAGAACAUUGACCUAGCGAGCAAGUGUCUUUUUGGGCUACCGGUUGGAACAAUUUAUGAGAGAGAGCAGGUAGAGCAGCUAGCUGGGCAGCUGGCAUAGAGCAGGCCUUGUUCUGUGGACAGCGGACAGCAUUUACACCAGUGUCAUUGGAGACAGUUCACUUCCCUGCCAUGAGUACCCUGCAGUUUCUGCUGUGUCCUGAGUUUGAGCUCUGAGUCCCAUGUUCCCAGAAGCUGCCACUGGUCCAGCACCCCUGCAGUCAGGGACUACUUGGAGGGGAGUCACAGAACUAAUUCAACUCUGAGUUUUGUUUUCCCAAUGUUUUAUCAUGAACAUCUACAAAUAUUCAGCAGAAUUGAGGUAAUUUUAUAGGACGACCUCUAACUACCACUUCUGUGAGUUUAUUACGCUUGUUCUUGUCUGUGUCUUCUCCCUGUCCAUUUGUCAAAUUAUCUCAAUAUUUCUCUUCAUCCUUUUUUUAGAAAAAGCACAUUUUUAUACACAUUUUCCUCCAAGGACUCCAAGUUCCUGUUUGACUUUUGGGGUGAAGUAGACCUUCAGAACCACACAGACCCUGCUGUGCUGAGUUUGACGUUGGCGCCUUUGGUAGGGCCUGGUCAGCAGUGUCCUGGCGUUUCUUCACCAGGGCCACUCAGUUGUUAUUUACCGUAAGGUCACCUGUGAGAGCUUCUGCAGAGGGUUUGUCACUCUCUGUGACUCCCUCCUUGGGCUCCUCCUUAUGUGUUUACAGAGGAUUUUUGUGGUGCUGUUGCUAGGAAAAAAAAAUGUUCUUCCAAAAAUGCCUCCUAUCAAUCUCCACCUAUAGAGUUUUGCUAAUGCUGCAGAGGGCCUGCAGUUGUUUAACGGGGUUAGAAUUCUGGGGCUGCUUUUUCUUCUCUUGGCAGCUGUAGUAAACUUCACUGAUGGUGUUCAAGAGAAUAGACUCCCAAGGGCCCUUUGUCUCUGGAUUCUGAGCUAGAAGCCGUGAGGGCAGAUACUCAGGGUAGGGAGCUGACUUGGGACAAGGACGCCUCAACAGCUGAGGUCCCUCUCUUCCUCUCCGUUCUUUCUGGGGAAAGUGGUCCAGGUCUUCUUGCUCUUGGAGGACAUGCAGGCCGUGAGGUCCACCACCCUGUUGCUGUAGUGUUGUUUGUUGUCAUACCAAGAAAUGAUCUUUACAGAGUUGUCAUUGAGAGAAAUGCCAGCCCCAGCAUCCAAGGUAAAACGGUGGGUUUCACUGUUAAAGUCACAGGAGACAGCCUGGUUCUCACUGUAGCCUGGGAUGCCCUUCAGUGGGCCUUCUUCUUGAUGCCAUCAUCCUUGUCAGCUUUCUUCAGGUGGCACAGCAGAUCCACAGCAGACAUACCGGGGAUAAGAACACAGACGGCCAUGCUUGCCCCUGAGCAACCUGUUGGUUCUGGGGUGACCUCGCGCAUAGUCUUGGCAGUACCAGUGAAUCCAGGGAUGAUACUCUGAGUAUCCUCAGCCGUAUACCACGGCUUUCCAGAGGGGCUGUCCACAGUCUUGUGGAUGGCGGUGAUAGCGUGGAUGACCUCAGCCGUCCGUGACGGGGCUGAACAAGGUGGAGGUGCAGGAGACAUUGCUAACAAAGCUGAGAGAGUUAUCCUACUUGUCACGGUUCACACCUAUCACAGUCACAGGGUCAUCAGCACAAGGUAGAUAGGAUAACCUUUUGUCUCUAUUCUCCAUGAUGGUGAAGACACAGUAAGCUCCACAACACAGUGGGCACCAGCACCGCCUCAUCUGAUGUUGGCCGGAUUUCACUCCUGGAAGAUGGAGCUGGCCUUCCCAUUGAUGACAGGUUUCCUGUUCUGUCUUGACUGUGCCAUGGAACUUGCUGUGGAUAGAGUUGUGCUGGGACAUGGAGACCUUGAGGUCAAUGAGGGGGUCACUGAUGGCAGCGACAUCCACAACAGUCAGCACGGAAGGCAGCUCUGGUGACCAGCCGUGCCGGCAUAGAAGACUCUAAGAAGUGGGGGAUGCUGUUCCUGGUGAACCAGCUAUUUAAAAUCUACUUUAAGAUCAACAAACUCCAUUUGUGUAAACCUCUUAUCAGAGCCAUCGACAGCUCGAAUCUGAAAGAUGACUAUAGCACAGCGCAGAGGAUCACGUACAAGUACUACGUGGGGCGCAAGGCCAUGUUUGACAGUGACUUCAAGCAAGCGGAGGAGUACCUGUCGUUUGCCUUUGAACACUGCCAUCGCUCCAGCCAGAAGAACAAGAGGAUGAUUCUGAUCUACCUGCUGCCAGUGAAGAUGCUGCUGGGUCACAUGCCGACCAUCGAGCUCCUGAGGAAAUACCACCUGAUGCAGUUUUCAGAAGUGACCAAAGCCGUCAGUGAGGGCAACCUGCUGCUGCUCAAUGAGGCGCUGGCAAAGCACGAGACGUUCUUCAUCCGCUGUGGCAUCUUCCUCAUCCUGGAGAAGCUGAAGAUCAUCACGUACAGGAACCUCUUCAAGAAAGUGUAUUUGUUACUCAAGACACAUCAGCUGUCCCUAGACGCCUUUCUGGUCGCUUUGAAGUUCAUGCACGUGGAAGACGUGGACAUUGACGAGGUCCAGUGCAUUCUGGCCAACUUGAUAUACAUGGGUCACAUUAAAGGCUACAUCUCCCAUCAGCAUCAGAAACUGGUCGUCAGCAAGCAGAACCCUUUCCCUCCGCUGUCCACAGUGUGCUGAUGCCCAGGCCUUGCCAACAGCGUGCUCCUGCUACCGCUGCCCGCUGGAGCUCACAUCUCCUGGUGCAGUCGCCAGCACCUGAGGCACUCACUGUGGUUUCCAGUGUCCUAACUCAUGCCAGCCUUGCCAAGACCUGGAGUUCUUUUUCAAGAUGGACCAACACCCUGCUGCUGGCCUGUGGUGCUCCUGAGCGUCCGGGAAGGAGACAGCUGGGCUUCGGUUUGUUUAUGGAGGCUACCUUUGUGACAUCUUGUAGGGUUUCCUCCCUCCCUCCUCUCUCUCUCUCUCUCUCUCUCUUUCUCUCUCUCUCUCUCUCUUUCUUAAAAAGGUAACCCAAGUUUAUACAAGUGGCACGAGUUCUUUACUGUCUGUUAUGUAACACAUCUGUUUUCAUAUGCAAAAUGUCAGCAUUGUGAGCUCGGAAUGCUGGGUUAACUUGAGGCUUCUUUUUAAAAGUAGAAUUUAGGGGGAGGAGAGACGGUUCAGGCGAGAACAGCUACUGCUCUGCCAGAGGAUGUGUGUUUGAUUCCUGGCACCCAUAUGGCAGCUCACAGCCUCUAACUCCAGUUCUAGGGGACCCAUUGCCUUCGUUGGCCUCCACGGGCUCCUGCACACGUGUACAAAAGCUCACUCAGGCAAACAGGCAUGCAUACAUAAAUAAAUACACCUUUUUUUAAGAAAAGCAAGAGUUAGUCUAAUGUAAAUUCCAACAGUUGUAAAGGCUGUGCAGUACUAAGACAGGACCUGGCUGUUGGGCUCUGGUUAUGGCCCCUUCUGAGCCUUUCCUCUGCCUCGCUUCCGUUUCCUAUAGCCACUGUCCUGUCGGGCCCUCACCCUGCAGCUUCAUCCAGCUUAGCCCCUUCCAGAGACCCUUCCUCUAGACAGUUAGCCUGGGUGGGCUUCAGCAGAGGGUUCUGGGCACAGUGCAUCCCGCAGCACUGGGUACGGCCAGCUCUCCCUCUUCCUUCCUCCUCCUCUUCCUUUUUUUAAAUAAAUAGUUUAUUUAUUUUAUGUGCAUUUGUGUUUUGUCCGCAUGUAUGUCUGUUUGAGGGGGGUCAGAUCCUGGAGUUACAAAUAGCUGUGGAUGUUGGGAAUUGAACCCAAGUCCUCUGGAAGAGCAGCUAGUGUUCCUUACCACUGAGCCAGCUCUCCAGCCCCUAAUACUCCAACUUCUUAAGAGUGUCUGUUUCCUCUGUGUGUUGUUUAUUUUGUUCACUUGUCUAUCAUCUCUGUAUUUCUCUGCCUGCCCGCCCACCCGCACAUCUGUCCAUCCAUUUGUCUGUCUGAGGUAGGGUCUCUUUAUAUAGCCUGGCUGGCCUGGAACUCUAUGUAGACCAUGCUUCCACAUGAUGCUAUUCUUGCCUCUGUGUCCCCAGACCAGGUGGGUGCCACGAUGUGAGGCUUGUCCCCCGUUUAUGAGAAGUGCACUAAUGUGGAAAGGCUAACAAUUUGUUAGUCUCUGCAGAGUUUUUGUAGUCAGAAGCCAUUCCUUUUGCAGACGAACUGUGGGGGAGCUUACGUGGUCUCCACGGGGCAUGGUGCAGGACGUCCCCUUACGUGGCUGCUUCAUUAGCAUCCUCUUGCAGGAUGGCAAAAUCACCCAAACUAUGCCAUGAGGCAUCAAUAUCCUGACUUUAUCCCAAAUCUUUGCCUGGUCAAGGCUUUGUGGCUUUAGGCAACUGCUCCAUGUGAUGGUCCUGGGGGCUAGAAGGUGGCUCACUCCUGAAUAUGGGCUUGGAUAUUGGGCUCAGUGGGGUGGGCGUGGACAGCUUGUAUUCUCCAUGUGGCCAUCUCCAGCAGCUAAAGCUGGGUUCCAGAACAGGGCCAAAGGAAGAGGUGCCUGUGGUAUGAAUUGUACCACUUUCCAGCUGAGAACACUGCCUUUGCCAUGUCCAUGGUCAUGUCCCUACUCUCUGAACCAUUCGCCCACGGUGUGCAGAGAGGCAUCUGGCAUUGAGCGUGGCCCCUCAUAGGCUGGUAGAGCUUAUGAGCUCCACCAAGGCUAAGCCUGCCCUCCUGUGUCCUCUGUGUCCAUGUCUAUGGUGUUACCUCCUGCAGAGCUGCCAUGAAGAGCUGAUCCAGUAGAGUGGUAUCCUUGUAACCAUUCAAAUAUUAGGGUUGCUAUGAGCGUCCAGGGUCCCAUAGUUCUGAGUUUAGAAGCAACAGAAUCAACUUUUCAGGCUGCUCCAGGUAAUUUAUUAAACAGUGACGUCGUAAGUCAGAACCUGAUUGAAGUGACGAAUAGUUGAAUUUAGAAAUUAAAGAAGCAACCUCUCUACAGUGUGUGCUGUGUCCACAGUAUGUGUCUGUGUGCUGUCUCCACACUGUGUGCUGUGUCCACAGUGUGUGUCUGUGUGCUGUCUCCACACUGUGUGCUGUGUCCACAGUGUGUGUCUGUGUGCUGUCUCCACACUGUUUGUCUGUGUGAUGUCUCCACAGUGUGUGCUGUGUGCUGUCUCCACACUGUGUGCUGUCUUCACACUGUGUGCUGUCUCCACAGUGUGUGUCUGUGUGAUGUCUCCACAGUGUGUGUCUGUGUGCUGUCUCCACACUGUGUGUCUGUGUGAUGUCUCCACAGUGUGUGCUGUGUGAUGUCUCCACAGUGUGUGUCUGUGUGCUGUCUCCACACUGUGCUGUGUGCUGUCUCUGGUGUCCUAGUUCGUGGGCACACAGACCCAUACAUUAUUGUAACUAGUUUGCAUCAACAUUAAAUACUCACACUUA